UCCAGCUCAAACCAGAACCAUGAGCGGCCGAGUUGGAGAUCUGAGUCCCAAGCAGGCAGAGGCCCUGGCCAAGUUCCGAGAAAAUGUCCAGGAUGUGUUGCCUGCCCUGCCCAACCCUGACGAUUACUUCCUUCUCCGCUGGCUCCGAGCUCGGAGUUUUGACCUGCAGAAGUCGGAAGCCAUGCUCCGCAAGUACAUGGAGUUCCGUAAGGCCAUGGACAUUGACCACAUCCUUGAUUGGCAGCCCCCAGAGGUGAUCCAGAAGUACAUGCCUGGGGGCCUGUGUGGCUACGACCGUGAUGGCUGCCCUGUGUGGUACGACAUCAUUGGGCCACUAGACCCCAAGGGCUUGCUCUUCUCAGUCACCAAGCAGGACCUGCUCAAGACCAAGAUGAGAGAUUGUGAGCGUAUCCUGCAUGAGUGCGACCUGCAGACAGAGCGGCUAGGGAGGAAGAUCGAAACCAUCGUGAUGAUAUUUGACUGCGAGGGCUUGGGACUGAAGCACUUCUGGAAACCUCUGGUGGAAGUGUACCAGGAGUUCUUUGCCCUCCUUGAAGAGAAUUACCCAGAGACCCUGAAGUUCAUGCUCAUCGUGAAAGCCACCAAACUGUUUCCUGUGGGUUACAACCUCAUGAAGCCCUUCCUGAGUGAAGAUACGCGCAGGAAAAUCGUAGUGCUGGGAAAAUGCUGGAAAGAAGGCUUGCUGAAGCUCAUCAGUCCUGAGGAGUUGCCUGCCCAUUUUGGGGGAACUCUGACUGACCCGGAUGGAAACCCCAAGUGUUUAACCAAGAUCAACUAUGGUGGGGAGAUCCCCAAGUCCAUGUACGUGCGGGACCAGGUGAAGACGCAAUAUGAGCACUCGGUGCAGAUCAGCCGGGGCUCCUCGCACCAGGUGGAAUAUGAGAUCCUGUUUCCAGGCUGCGUCCUUAGGUGGCAGUUCGCCUCCGAUGGGGCAGACAUCGGCUUCGGGGUUUUCCUGAAGACCAAGAUGGGCGAGCGGCAGAAGGCUGCAGAGAUGACAGAGGUGCUGGCCAGCCAGCGCUACAAUGCCCACAUGGUGCCUGAGGAUGGGAGCCUCACCUGUGCUGAGGCUGGUGUCUAUGUCCUGCGCUUUGACAACACCUACAGCUUCGUCCAUGCCAAGAAGGUCAGCUUCACAGUUGAGGUGCUGCUUCCGGAUGAGGGCAUGCAGAAGUACGAUGAGGAACUCACCCCUAUCUAGGUGGCACCCCUACAUCUCAGAGACCCCC